ACCCCUCCUCUUAGCAGCUGUUGACCAUGGCCAGGACACCCGUCCCAGAGUCUUCCCCAGCCAUGGAUAGCCCCAGUCUUCGUGAGCUCCAGCAGCCUCUGCUCGUGGGCGCAGGCCGUGAGCCCCCUGCCCAGAAGCCUGGCAAGCCUGAGCUGGGCCCCGACACAUCAUCCAGUGACAGUGACUCAGACUCGGAUGGGGGCGGCCGUCUCUCCCCACUCCUACCCCACGACCACCUCGGCUUGGCUGUCUUCUCCAUGCUCUGCUGUUUCUGGCCCGUGGGCAUCGCUGCGUUCUGCCUGGCCCAGAAGACCAACAAGGCUUGGGCCAAGGGGGACUUCCAGGGGGCAGGGGCCGCCUCCCGCCGGGCCUUCCUGCUGGGGGUCCUCGCCGUCAGUCUGGGCGUGUGCAUGUAUGCGGCCGCCCUCGUGACCCUGUCCGCCUACCUCGCUUCCCGGGACCCGCCCUAGCUGCCCCUGCGGCCCCCACUAUGAACCCAGAAGCUGGCACCCAGCGCGUCCGUGGGCAGAGCGGAGAAAUCCAGGUGGAUGGAGUUGGCGGAAGCAGCCAGAAACUGGAGCGAGUUGGACACCCACUUCCCCUUCCUGG